CGAGACUGAGAACUCAGUGCCGGUGUCACCCACAUCUCUGUCUCCAUCAUCACCAUCACAGUCCUGCAGGUAGGAGCAUCCGUCUGCAGCCUUCUGCUCUGAGUUCCCUUCCCCUUGAGAAUCCAGCCCCAAGCGUCCGUGCCCCUUGCCCUCCCUUCCCCUAGUAUCCAGCAUCCCUUGGACUCUGCUGCUCUCUCUGCUGUCACCGCUGCCACCUCUGCCAUCCCCAACGCCACCUCCUCAGGGCCAGCAAGAUGCAGUUUGAGAUGCGAGACAACGUGAAAGGCAAAGCCAUGUCCUACCCAGUGACCAGCCAGCCCCAAUGUGCCAGCAGCAGCUACCAGACCCAGCUCAGUGACUGGCACACCGGUCUCACAGACUGCUGCAACGACAUGCCCAUCUGUCUUUGCGGCACCUUCGCCCCUCUGUGCCUCGCCUGCCGCAUCUCCGACGACUUCGGCGAGUGCUGCUGCGCGCCCUACCUGCCCGGAGGCUUGCACUCCAUCCGCACCGGCAUGCGCGAGCGCUACCACAUCCAGGGCUCUGUCGGGCACGACUGGGCGGCCCUCACCUUUUGCUUGCCCUGCGCCCUCUGUCAGAUGGCGCGGGAACUGAAGAUUCGAGAGUAAAAAAGUUCUCUCCCCUCUCCUUUUCCACCUGUCACGCCUGGCCACCACUGCCCGCUCCUGGGAGGACCUGCCCCUCCCCCAUAUCCCGCCACCAGAAAUACACCCGCAAUAAAAACUUGAAAACUAA